AUGGAGCCGCAAGAUUCUUCAAAGCCCGUCGAAACUGGGUACAUUGUUCCUGUGCCUGGUAUAGCUCCUCCUAGCACGCCAUCCGAAGAAGAGGAUCCACAGAUCGCACCCUCUCCAUCUACAGGAGGACAACAUUCCAGGCCAAUCGGUUGGUCCCUCCAGGAUGAAGAUUACGAGAGUUGGGAAGAUGAGGAAUCGGAUAAAUCGAUCGAGUCCACCGCAGAUGCCACUGAUCAAGAGAUUCCAGACGAGAAAGAGGCAGAGGCCAACGGUCAACUGCGUGCGCUGCAAUUCUGUGUUGAAGCCAACUACAAGGAAUUUCUCUUUGCUUGUGGAGGUACAGUACCAAUAAACUCUGAGCACCAGGGAGACCCAGACGCUACCGGCAAGGAGGCAGCUUCACGCCCCGAGUCAGCAUCUAGCAAGGCUUCGAGCCUGAUUUCUGUUACUCACCCACCGGUCACUCUUCGAUGGGACCCUGAGGACGUAUCUGCCCCUGCAAGCCAAUCAAAGCUUAUUCUUCCCAUCGAAGAGACAACUACAGGCAAUCUCAAACACUUGCUAGCCGAAACGAAGCCUGCAACCUUUGGUCGUGGCGGUGAAGAUGUGUAUGAUGAGAGCUACCGCAAGGCAUCGAAACUGGAGCCUCAGACUUUCUCCACAAACUUUUGCCCGUAUAGCGCUGGCAUCAUUGAAGUGAUAUCCCAACUUCUUCUUCCUGAUCCGGAGCGCACGGGGCAGAGAAUCAUUAAGGCUGAGCUGUACAAGCUUAAUGUUUAUACCGGACCCUCAGGGCACUUCCGUUCCCAUGUCGACACCCCUCGAUCUCGCUCACAGUUCGGGUCUCUUGUCGUUUGCCUGCCAGUCAAGCAUGAUGGCGGCGCUCUGGAGGUUCGGCAUAAUGAUGAAGUUAUGAAGUUUGACUGGGCAUCUACUUCCGAGCAAUCAGAACUUCAAUGGGCAGCAUUUUAUAGUGACUGCGAGCACGAGGUAUUUCCGGUUCAGUCUGGGCACCGGAUCACUCUUACGUACAAUCUCUAUGCUACUUUCAAUAGUAUCCAGCCUCUAGGGAGCUUCAGUCCUCUCAACAAUACCCAGACUCCACUUGACAGAGAGAUUGAAGCCCUAGUUGGAGAUGCGACCUUUUUACCAGAUGGAGGAUAUGUUGGUUUUCAUACUACUCACACGUACCCCCAUAACGAUUUAGAGGGUUGCCUGGAAGACACUCUAAAAGGUCUUGACAUGGUAAUUUGGAGGGGUUUCCAACGACUUGGCUGCGCGGUAUGCUUGCGACCAGUCCUGCAACCUGCCUCCUUCACCGGUCCGAAAUUGCCCUUCAAGCUUGGCCGCACAUUCGAGCUUAGAGCUAUCUCCGGGGAAGUUGAGUCCACGGAUGACUGGGAUGCAGUAGCUCAGGACGGCUGGGGCCUUGCACAGGUGUCGAUUGAGGACAUUAUCUGGCUUAAUGAACCCACGCUGGAGACAAAAAGAGCCGCGUUUGCCUACACUGUGUAUGGGAACCAAGCGUCGAGUUGCCUUGCCUACACAGUCUGUUCCAUCAUCAUUUCUGUCCCCAAGAUUAAUGAAGGUAAACGAGAUAAUCUGGAGACAACGUUUGACUUUGUUAUUGAGGAAGAGGAUUGGGAGAAGCGCUCCCCCUGGGAUUAG